ACUUGUCUCUCUGCUGGUCCACCCGCUGGUCCAUCCUGCCGGCGGCUCACACGUCCCAUAGGAAGAACUCCUGUCUUGAGUCAGAAGAGCCAGCACCAUGGCAGAUCAGCUGAGUCCAGAUGAGAAGUUCGACCUCAUCUCGAGGAACCUUCAGGAGGUCCUUGGAGAGGAGAAGCUGAAGCAGGUUCUUUCGGAGAGGGAGCUGAAAGUUUACUGGGGAACAGCAACCACAGGAAAACCCCAUAUCGCUUACUUCGUCCCCAUGUCCAAGAUUGCAGACUUCCUCAAGGCGGGCUGUGAGGUCACUAUUCUCUUCGCAGACUUGCAUGCCUUCCUCGACAACAUGAAGGCACCCUGGGAGCUGCUGGAGCUCAGGGUGAAGUAUUACGAACAGGUGAUCAAGGCCAUGCUGGAGAGCAUCGGUGUGCCUCUGGAUAAUCUCAAGUUUGUCAAAGGAUCGGACUUCCAGCUCAGCAGAGAGUACACUCUGGAUGUGUACCGCCUGUCCACCAUGGUGACAGAGCAUGAUGCUAAGAAGGCCGGAGCUGAAGUUGUCAAACAGGUGGAGCAUCCUAUGCUGAGUGGACUUCUCUACCCUGGACUGCAGGCUCUGGAUGAGGAGUACCUGAAGGUGGACUCCCAGUUUGGAGGAGUGGACCAGAGGAAGAUUUUCACCCUGGCAGAGAAGUACUUGCCGUCUCUCGGUUAUGCUAAACGGGUACAUCUGAUGAACCCGAUGGUGCCGGGACUGACAGGAGCCAAGAUGAGCUCUUCAGAAGAAGACUCAAAGAUUGACCUGCUGGACUCCAAAGAAGACGUGAAGAAGAAGCUGGAGAAAGCGUUCUGUGAGCCCGGUAACAUUGCGAAUAAUGGCGUCCUCUCCUUUGUUAAACACGUCGUCUUCCCUCUACGUGGAGAGUUCCGUAUCAAAAGAGACCCAAAGUUGGGUGGAGAUAAAAUCUACACAGCGUUUGAGGAGGUGGAGAAGGAGUUUGCUGAGGAGCUGAUUCAUCCAGGAGACCUGAAGGCCUCAGUGGAAAACUCACUAAACCAACUGCUGGAUCCCAGCCGAAAGAAGUUUGAGUCGCCAGAGCUCCGCAAGCUUACAAACACUGCCUACCCCAACCCCUCAAAGACAAAAUCAGGAGGAAAAGGUGCCAAAGCAGGAGAAGGAGGAGAGGAUGAUGAGCUGGCUCUCUCCAAACUGGACAUUGGAGUUGGCGAGAUCAUCAGUGAGAACCCAGUCAGAAGACCCAGCACCAUGGCAGAGCAGCUGAGUCCCGAUGAGAAGUUCAACCUCAUCUCGAGGAACCUUCAGGAGGUCCUUGGAGAGGAGAAGCUGAAGCAGGUUCUUCAGGAGAGGGACCUGAAAGUUUACUGGGGAACAGCAACCACAGGAAAACCCCAUAUCGGUUACUUCGUCUCCAUGUCCAAGAUCGCAGACUUCCUCAAGGCGGGCUGUGAGGUCACUCUUCUCUUCGCAGACUUGCAUGCCUUCCUCGACAACAUGAAGGCACCCUGGGAGCUGCUGGAGCUCAGGGUGAAGUACUACGAACAGGUGAUCAAGGCCAUGUUGGAAAGCAUCGGUGUGCCUCUGGAUAAUCUCAAGUUUGUCAAAGGAACGGACUUCCAGCUCAGCAGAGAGUACACUCUGGAUGUGUACCGCCUGUCCUCCAUGGUGACACAGCAUGAUGCUAAGAAGGCCGGAGCUGAGGUUGUCAAACAGGUGGAGCAUCCUAUGCUGAGUGGACUUCUGUACCCUGUACUGCAGGCUCUGGAUGAGGAGUCCCUGAAGGUGGACGCCCAGUUUGGAGGAGUGGACCAGAGGGAGAUUUUCACCCUGGCAGAGAAGUACUUGCCGUCUCUCGGUUAUGCUAAACGGGUACAUCUGAUGAACCCGAUGGUGCCGGGACUAACAGGAGUCAAGAUGAGCUCUUCAGAAGAAGAGUCACAGAUUGACCUGCUGGACUCCAAAGAAGACGUGAAGAAGAAGCUGAAGAAGGCGUUCUGUGAGCCCGGUAACAUUGUGAAUAACGGCCUCCUCUCCUUUGUUAGACACGUCGUCUUCCCUCUACGUGGAGAGUUCUGUAUCAAAAGAGACCCAAAGUGGGGUGGAGAUAAAAUCUACACAGCGUUUGAGGAGGUGGAGAAGGAGUUUGCUGAGGAGCUGAUUCAUCCAGGAGACCUGAAGGCCUCGGUGGAAGUCACGCUAAACCAACUCUUGGAUCCAAUCCGAAAGAAGUUUGAGUCGCCAGAGCUCCGCAAGCUUACAAACACUGCCUACCCCAACCCCUCAAAGACAAAAUCGGGAGGAAAAGGUGCCAAAGCAGCAGCAGGAGGAGGAGGAGAGGAUGAUGAGCUGGCUCCCUCCAGACUGGACAUCCGAGUUGGCAAGAUCAUCAGUGUGGAGAGGCAUCCAGACGCUGAUUCGCUUUACCUGGAGAAGAUCGACGUGGGUGAGGCAGAGCCGAGGACGGUGGUCAGCGGUCUGGUGGCCUACCUUUCACCGGAGGACCUGCAGGACAGAAUGGUGCUGCUGCUGUGCAACCUGAAACCCCAGAAGAUGCGAGGCGUGGAGUCUCAGGCCAUGCUGCUGUGUGCCGCCAUUGAAGGGGAGCCAAGGAGGGUGGAGCCUCUCGACCCUCCAGUGGGUUCAUCUCCAGGUGAACGGGUCUUCGUGGAGGGAUAUGAGACAGGCAAAGCCGAUGAGAGACUCAACCCGAAGAAGAAGGUCUGGGAGAAACUACAGGUUGACCUGAAGGUGUCAGACGAGUGUGUAGCUCAGUGGAAAGACAAUCAGCUGAUGACCAAACUCGGACAGAUCACGUGUAAAACACUGAAAGGAGGCAACAUCAGUUAAAUUCACACACAUCACCCAAGCAGCACCUGCCGACUACCUUACAUCAACAUUACCUUCAUCACUAAAUUGCCAUGGCAACAAUGGUCCAACCUCAUCUGGAUGUUUUCUUGGAGAAAUAAUGAGACAUUGAUGCUUUGACAAAAUCUGUUCCCAUGCUUUGACUUAAGGAUAUUUAAGCAUGAGUCACUCAUGAUAAACAAUUUUACUAGUCAACCGCUGUUUCAUUAGUUCCUCUUUAUUUACUGGGUGUUGCUGGUUUUACAAAUGCUUUU